AUGGCAGGCGGUAACCAGGCAGUGAACCUCAACCCUCCCGACGCCCAGGAGCACCUCUCUACCAAUGGCUCUGACUGGCUAUGGACGGUGUUCUCAAUCAUGGCUCUGGGUACUCUUCUCGCUGCGGUUGCGACGAUCUUGAGGCCUCGUGGAACGCGUCUCUUCCACCAGCUCGCUAUCAUUGUCCUCACGACUUCGAGUAUCGCGUACUUCUCCAUGGCUUCUGACCUCGGUGCUACGCCCAUCACUGCUGAGUUCCGUGGCGGCGAGACCCGUCAAAUCUGGUAUGUGCGCUACAUCCAGUGGUUCAUCAACUUCCCCACUAUCAUCCUCGGCCUACUGCUCGCGACUGGGCUCCCACUUUCCGACAUCGUGACGACGCUCUUCAUGUCCGUCGUCGUCGUCAUCACUGGAUUGGUCGGUGCUCUCGUACAUAGCACCUACAAGUGGGGUUACUACACCUUCGGCUGUGUUGCGCUCAUCUACCUCUGGUACGUGCUCCUCUGGCACGCGCCAGCCUCGAGCUUCGCUGCAGGUGGAGUCGUUCGCCGGGGCUACUACCUCGCUGCGGGCUACUUCUCCUUCAUGCUGAUCACCUACCCGAUCGCCUGGGCGUGCGCGGAGGGCGGCAACGUCAUCAGCGUCACGUCCGAGAUGAUCUGGUACGGCAUCCUCGACAUCUUCGCCGGCCCCGUCUUCCUCGCCGUCUUCCUCUGGGAGCUCCGCGGCAUCGACUACAACUCGCUCGGCCUCCACUCCGGCAAGUACGUCGACCACGGCGCGGCGGGCUCCGCCGUUCGGGGCGAGAAGGCGGCUCCCGCACCCGCCGCGGCGCCUGCGCCCGCUGUCCCCGCUGGCGAACAGGCGGUAUAA